AUGCGCGACGCGGCUUUGCUUGUCGCCAGCACCAUGAUGUCGUCGCCCGCGGAGUCCGAGACCAGCUUCUUCCCGGACCACCUCGCGGAGCAGCAGCAGCAGCAGCCCCCCUUCGCCGAGCAGGAGCAGCUGUGCUACGUCCACUGCAACUUCUGCGACACCAUCCUCGCGGUGGGCGUGCCGUGCAGCAGCCUCUUCAAGACGGUCGCCGUGCGAUGUGGCCACUGCGCCAACCUGCUCUCCGUCAACCUCCGGAACCUCCUGCUCCCGGCCACCGCCAACCAGCUCCCCUUCAGCCCGUCGCUCCUCUCCCCGACCUCGCCGGCGUCGCCGCACGGCCUCCUGGAUGAAAUGUCAUCCUUCCAAGCGCCGUCGAGCCUACUGACUGAUCAGGCCAGCCCCAACGUGAGCAGCAUCACCAGCAGCAGCAACAGCUGCGCCAUCAACACGCCGGCCAUGUCCAUGAUGCCGCCGCCGGAGAAGCCCGCGCAGAGGGAGCCCCAGCAGCGGAAGAGCGCUGCGUCGGGGACCAAGCAUCCAGAGAAGCGGCAGAGAGUUCCCUCGGCAUACAACCGAUUCAUCAAAGACGAGAUUCAGCGUAUCAAGGCCAACAAUCCGGACAUCACCCACAGGGAGGCUUUCAGCGCAGCUGCCAAGAAUUGGGCUCAUUUUCCACACAUCCAUUUCGGUCUGAUGCCGGACCAAGGCCUGAUGAGGAAGACCAGCAUCCAAAGCCAGCUGGACGGAGCUGGGGAUUGCAUGCUCUUCAAGGACAGUCUCUACGCGGCGGCGGCGGCCGCAGCAGCCACAGCGGCAUCUAGCAUGGGCGCCACUCCGUUUUAG